AUGAAGAUGUCAAUCUGUCAUUUCCGUUUAUGGAGCAGUUUGGUUCUUUCCCUGAUCCUGUGGAGCGACACGAUCACUUCCGACGCGGCAAUCGGUUCAAGCUACCUGAGAAAGAUUCGCGAGGUCAACAAGUUGGGUCCGUAUCUGGGGAUCGUGGUGCCCAACAUGUUCGAGAUGGACCCUCUUCUUCGAUCCGAUCGUUUCGUCCCCGAUUCGAGGACGACAAGCCUCGACAUUAUGGGAAGAAGGUUCAGGGUAGGAAAAGUGGGACAUCAGAAGGUUAUCAUUGUGAUGACAGGAUUAAGCAUGGUACUAAAUGCAGGGAUAACGACGGAACUGCUCCUGGCGCUGUUCGAAGUGGACGGCGUCGUCCACUACGGUAUCGCAGGGAACGCAAACCCUGAACUUCAGAUCGGCGACGUGACGAUUCCGCGGUAUUGGGCUCAUUCCGGGCUCUGGAGCUGGCAGAGGUACGGAUCCGGGCCGAACGACACACUAGCCCAGGAGCCCGACGACGACAGCUUCACCAGGGAAAUCGGCUACCUGAGAUUCGCCAACUACAGCACUAAAUCAUCAUCGUCGUCGGAGUCGGACAACUUUUUGAACAGCGUUUGGUAUCAACGGGAGGAGAUUUUCCCGGUGGACGGAUCCCCUGAAGUCAGGCAGCGCAUCUUCAAGGUCCCCGUCGAUUCGCGCUACAUGGAAGUUGCCGAAUCGAUCGAGAGAGAUGGCGUGGCGUUGGCGAGGUGCGUGAGCUGGACCGCCUGCCUUCCCAAAGCGCCGAUCCUGGCGACGGUGGAAAUGGGGGUGAGCGGGAGCGUGUUCGUGGAUAACAAGGCGUACGGAGAGUUCCUGAAUUCGGAGUUCAACGCGACGGCGGUGGACAUGGAGAGCGCCGCGGUGGCGCUGGUUUGUUACCAGCAGAAGGUCCCUUUCAUUGCGAUCAGGGCUCUGUCCGAUCUGGCCGGCGCCGGAGAAGGAGGCUCCUCUGCUCGUUCCGACGAGGCCGACGCGCUUGUUCACUUAGCAGCUGCAAAUGCAGUGCGGGUCUUGAUUAAGUUCAUCGCCGCAUUAGCAUCUUGGUAG